AUGUCAAUAGAGCCUGUUCCCUCAUGCAGUGAUUUAGCACAAGUUCAGACAAAUAUUAAUGAACAAUUGAGAGUUCCAAAUAGGCAAAUUCAUCAGACAGGUCCCUCCAUGACAGACUAUGUAGUAAGAAAAAAACCACUUCCAAUAAACCGAAUGCAACAGCUUGAUGAGCAAUUAGUGAGAAUGAUUGCUAAAGGUUACCACACCCUUAGAUUGGUAGAAGAAGUGGAGUUCCGAAAAUUUAUAGAAAUGUUAAAUCAUGGGUAUACGCUGCCGACCCGUAAGACUCUCUCUGAAAGUCUGCUUCCUAAGGUAUACAAUAAAGUUAUGGAAGCUGUUAAAAUGAAAAUAGCAAAAGCGGUAGCUAUUUGUAUAACAACUGACGCCUGGACAUCUAUUGUGAACGGUACGGGUACAUUGCUAUCACCGCGCAUUUCAUCGACACAGAAAUAA